CACCGAAGACGCCCUUAGCAACAACACACAGCUCGGUCGAAUAAGAUACUUUCACCACUCAGAAGAGGGAUUUAACAGCGCAGCAUUACUGCUCUGACUCCAGCUGAAGAUUCACGCAGAGAGGAUCCUCCGUUUGCUUUCGCGGCAAACAUGGGGCUUGUACACAACCUGUCUGCUUCUUUUAGGUAGCGGUCUUUGAAAACGAGUGAAGCUGUCCCGAAGGAGGACAAAUCCUCGGGGCUCGACGAGUGGCAGCAUAGCUGUUUGCUAACUACCGAGACGGGAAUGGUGCUCUUGACCGACUCAUUGUACCGCGAGAGAAAGGCGAGGGGUUCGAGGGCCAGGCCAGCUAGCUGUGAUAUUUGGACUCAAACUAUUUUCAACAGAGGGAGCGGCUCCGGUCCGGACGGGUGUUUUUCUGCGGCUGUUCAUGCUAGCUGGCUGGCUAGCUGAAGGAAACGACCCCCACUGCCUGUUGAGGGUUUUUUUUUUCCGCACAGCAGCGGAGCGUGUGAAAACGUGGAUGAAUCUCAUUUAAACCCAAUAAAUAACGCUGACAAUAAAGAAGACUACUCGAAUUGGUUCAACCAGACCCAUUCAACGGUUGCUGAACUCUAUAAACACACAGACUUUCAAAACAAGAAGUUUUAGAUGUUAUUAACCGAGUUUAAGUUUUAGCUGUGUUCUCUUUUUGUUUGUUUUAUCCGGGAUUUUGCCCCCACUUCGGAUGUUGGAACUACAUCUUAAUUAUGAUGAUCAUAAGCAGAAAACCUGAGGGCCCAAUAGCAACAGACAUGCAGCUCAUUCCUGCUGGCUGCUGAGGCUGGCCUGUACCAACCGUUAAAGUCGUUUUUGGAGCUGGUGAUCAGCACGCCACGGUGACGGCCUGUACGACUCUUACAUGAGGACCGACCACAUCCUAAAAAACGAAGCAGAUACUAACAGUCCUUCAGGGCUGCCCCCGGUACCCAAACACACUGUUGUGAGCAACAAGACCAUCAUGAGGGAUCAGGCGGCCACGCGAGGUGGCCAGCUGAAGGUCAAGUACUUGUACGAAGACUCGACAAAUAACCGGAAAGUCAACACCAUCACAUCGAUCACUCAGAACGGCGGGAGCACCAGCCAGACGCCCACCAAGUCUGUCCCUGUGUCCAGUCUGUCCAGCACGGACAGCAGCGACUCUACUAAAGGCUCCAGUGAGUCUUCUGGGACACACGGAGCCGGAAACGGAGGGAGCAGCGGGAAGAUGUGUGGCCCCCUGAGCCCUGACCAGGCCCUGAGACUCUACCGGUCUCAGCUCUCUGCCCUGGAGCAGACCGAGAUCCACUCCUACCCAGACAUUUACUUUGUGGGACCCAGCGCCAAGAAGCGGCCUGCUGUUGCUGGGGGCAACAACAACUGCGGCUACGACGACGAUCAGGGCGGGUACAUUAACGUUCCUCAUGACCACCUGGCCUACCGAUACGAGUUCCUCAAAAUCAUCGGCAAGGGCAGCUUUGGACAAGUGGCUAAAGUAUACGACCACAAGCUGCAGCAGCACCUGGCUUUGAAGAUGGUGCGUAAUGAGAAGCGUUUCCAUCGGCAGGCGCAGGAGGAAAUCCGUAUCCUGGAGCACCUGCGCAAGCAGGAUCGUAACGGCGCCAUGAACGUCGUGCACAUGCUGGAAAACUUCACCUUCCGCAAUCACAUCUGCAUGACCUUUGAGCUGCUGAGCAUGAACCUGUACGAGCUCAUCAAGCGCAACAAGUUCCAAGGCUUCAGCUUACCUCUGGUCAGGAAGUUUGCACACUCCAUCCUGCAGUGCCUGGAGGCCCUGAACAGACACAGGAUCAUUCACUGUGACCUGAAGCCUGAAAACAUCCUCCUCAAACAGCAAGGCCGCAGCGGCAUCAAGGUGAUUGACUUUGGCUCCAGCUGCUUUGAACACCAGCGAGUGUACACCUACAUCCAGUCCCGGUUCUACCGAGCCCCAGAGGUGAUCCUCGGUUCUCGUUACGGCCUUCCCAUCGACAUGUGGAGCUUCGGCUGCAUUCUGGCCGAGCUGCUGACCGGCUACCCGUUGUUUCCUGGUGAGGAUGAGGGCGACCAGCUGGCGUGUGUCAUGGAGCUGCUGGGAAUGCCUCCGCAGAAGGUGCUGGAGCAGGCCAAACGGGCUAAAAACUUCAUCAGCUCCAAGGGCCACCCUCGCUACUGCGGGGUCAACACCCUGUCGAGCGGUGCCGCCGUGCUGACGGGGUCUCGUUCACGCCGCGGCAAGAUGCGAGGCCCCCCGGGCAGCAAGGACUGGUGUGUCGCUCUAAAGGGCUGCGAUGACCCCACGUUUACUGACUUCAUAAAGAAGUGUUUGGAUUGGGACCCCUCAUCCCGCCUCACCCCCUCCCAGGCCCUCAGGCACCCCUGGAUUUUUCGCCGGCUUCCCAAACCCUUAUCCGGGCCCGAGAAGAGCCCGGGGGCAACUGUGAAACGACUCCCGGAGCACCACAGCACCUCUUUUCCCUCCAUCUUGGCUAAGGGGGGGCCGGGCUUAGGCACCACAGCCGCCAGCAACAAACUGAAGAGCAACACGAUGGGAGACGCGGGGGAGUCUCUUCGCACGGUCCUACCUAAACUUGUCUCAUAAUAAAGAUUCCUCAGGAGGAGUCCAGAUAAAGUGGUUUUAAAACUCGUUUGGUUGUUCUGUUAUAUGUUAUAAACUGAGGGGUGUCGACACCCCCGGUUCUUGGUUUUAUUACUAGUGAAGCAAACUCUAUCGGGGGAGACGGCGCCCGUUUUUAUACAGAGGCUGUAAAAGUUUCCGUUUACAGCCUGAUGAUGAGGUUUGAUUUAGAUAACGCUUUUAAAAAAAGAAACUUUUAAUUGUUUGAGCUUCGUUAAGGAGGAUGUGUUUUUAUUCUGUGCUUGUUUUUAGCUAAAACACAGACACACUUGAGCACACCUGCACUGUCACUGUCCACACACACACACACACAUGACGCUGCCAUUUUCAUACUUGUGAAACUUGAAAAGGGCUACAGAGAUGAAUCAGGUUAGUUACCUAGAUCAAUGUUAAGUUAUUAGAAGAGACUGACAUCUUUUAUGCACAAAGUUUUUAAACAGGAUCGGGUUAUUUGUGUGGUGAAGAGCAACAAAAUCUGCUGGCCGCCGCGUUUGCAUGUCAGCUCAGUGUCUGAUGUGUGAAGGAAAGGGCAUGGGACAACCUAUUUACAGCUGUCAUCCUCCCCCUUUAGCUUCGCCACACUAGUGACAGAAAUGGGGAGGGAGGUGAGGUUGUGGAGGACAGUAGUCCUCCACAACCUCACCACAGAGAGACUUUUACGAGGCACGGCUAAACCGAUAAAUACGGGAGAUUCAGAACAUAAAUGUUAGGGCGAUUUUCUGGGGUGUUGUUUGACAAUGUGUAGGAUUGCGAGUAAGACGAGGAGAGGAUCGAGUAGGUAGUUUUUUUUUGGGGGGGGGGGGUUGUAGACGACAGGUCAGUGUUGGACAGUUUUAAGGUACUGAAGAGCGACGUGUUUCUCAGGGAAACAUUCUUUAAAUCGCUGCACUCCACAUUUACAGGCAUCUCCCCCACCUAUGUGGAUCAACGAUCCACCAAACAGCCAACAUUUCACUGCAGGGGGGGGGGGCAUGCGCCACAGUCUGACCUAGAUUCACUCCUCACCCCCCCCCCCCCACUCACUCCUCACUCACGCAUGCAGGGAGCCUCUUCAGCUCACGUUUUGGGUUCAUUAUGGUGCUGUCCAAAAGAGAAACACGUCAGGUGCAACAUGUUGAUGUGGACCACACCUUUUUAAAGAGUGAUCUCUCUCUCUAGUCCCUCGUUUUCUGAAGUGACACUGUCAGGGAUUUCUACUUGGUUAUGUAUUUUUUUUUAAUAGAAGUGGUUUCUAUCUGUUUCUAUUUUCACUCCAGAACAUCAAGAGGAUGUUGGACACAAAACAGGAAGGAGAGGGCAGUGCAUUAAAGUGUUGUGUUAAAGAUAGUCGCGGGUGUUCAGCAUGAAAUAACCACCUGUUAAUCAGCCUGAGUUGAAAAGGUGAAAUGAGGUGAAAACGUUGUACAGUAACCAAAUGAAGUUGUGAUAGUUUCUUUUUCUACAAAAAAAAUAAAACUUACUGUUAAGUGAAAA